AUGUCUUCUCACGACCGCCAGCGAGAUGGGUCACCAGGAGCUUUGUCCUCCUUGUCAUCUGUGAACACAGAGCCAAACCAAAGCCAGUCUCCCCAGUCCGCGAACCCUACCAUUAGUCGACCUCCAAGCGUUGCAUUCUCUGAAGGUACCAAGAAGGGUCCCCCAUCGCCUCCCAUGUCCCGCUAUCCUCGAGCUUCGGGCGAUUCUGAUGAAGUGACCCCAAUUCGUACGGCAGACGGCCAGUCGGAUCGACGCUAUAACACAGAGCCAAGAGAGUCGUUGCCAGCAGGGGCGUCAGAAGACAAUGCACAGCAAGACCAAAAUGGAGAAGAGGAGAAAAAACCGAGCUGGCUGAAGAGAAUAGCAGAGAAAUACGGUGCCAUCUCGCUAGAAAACAAAGGGUCGGUAGCGAGAGACCACCUGGCGCUCGAGAGGACAUUCCUUGCGUGGCUGCGGACCAGCUUAGCAUUUGCCAGCAUUGGCAUCGCAAUCACACAGCUCUUUCGUCUUAACACAACGAUCGCACGGUCUCAAGAAACGACAUCUGCCAUGCGGAUGACGAGCGACCAGGUUCCCUUUUCACCCAUGAUCGGACAAGCAGUGCCAGCGGAACUGAUUCCAUAUCUUCAGCAACUUGCCGCGGCUGCUGCAGCACCUGCACCAUCGCUGGGUCCAACAUUACUUGACCAGGUCCUUCUUCUGCCACCGCCCGACGCAAAUGGGCUACAGAUUGUUAGAAGAGAUGACUUUAGCGCGGGUGCGAUAAACGAAGAGCAGGCUGCCAAACUUCGGCAUGUAGGCAAGCCUCUAGGCGCUACGUUCUUGGGCAUCUCGAUUGUCAUUUUAUUCAUAGGCUUCCAUCGAUACUUUGAGUCUCAGCACUGGAUUAUUCGAGGGAAAUUCCCCGCAAGUCGCGGGAGUAUAUUCAUCGUCGGCACUAUCACUGGAGCGCUUAUUGUUGCAAGUCUGGCUGUUGUACUUGCAAUAUCACCCAAAAGUUACGAAAAAAAGUGA